UUCCAUAUAAAGCCUUUCAUCAGUUAUCCGCAGCCGCAGAGAUCUCUAUAAACCCUAAUUUUACUUCUAAUUUUUUUUGUUUUUCAUCGAGAUCAGAGAGUUUCUAAUUUUGUCGAUCAAUCCAUUCAAAAAACCAUGUCGAUCGGCGGGGUUCCGACAGCUGUGUUCUGGGACAUAGUGGAUUGCAAGAUUCAUGACGACCUCAAUAUAGUUGAGGUUACGCAGAACAUUAAAAAGACAAUCUCGGAAGUUGGUAUCGACGGUACGGAAGUCGUCUCAAUCAGGGCUUAUGGUGAAGAUGAUGGCAAAGACCAUGACUUUAACUCCGCAGGGGUAACUUUCACUCACUCUCCCGCAGCAGCGAGACGUGCGAGGCAUAACCAGAUUCUGGUUGACGUUUUGGCGUGGGCUGAAGAGAACCCUCCGCCAGCGAAUUUGUUGCUUAUCAUGGGAGACACUACAAAGGAGUUCGAGAAUGUGAUUCUUUUCUUGAAAUCGUUGAAUUACAGGUAUCUCUUGGCACACCCCUGAGAAUGACGUUGAUUCUCAGGAUUAGCCGUGACAUUUGGAAACUGAUCUGUCUCUGCAAGUAGAAUAAACUAAUGUGUACCGGAAGUAGUGUCUGUAUCGGAAGUAGUAUAAAGUAUAAACUAGUGUGUGUGUGUAUCGGAAGUUAAAUAAGCAUUGUUAGGAUUACGGGAGGAUUAAUGUCGAGAUUAAUGUCUUGUCUCCAUAAAGGAAGGAAAUGAUUAGAUUU